GGAGAGCGAGAGAGGGACGGAGAAGACUAGUUGAUUGCUAACAUGGCGGAGACCGUACUCUCGCUCUUCGACUACCGGGAGCCACCGACACUGGACAGCGACGGAGAGGGAACCAAACCGGCGCCGACGCCUCGGGGACGCGGUUGUGGGAGGAAAAGGAAGGGAACGCCGGUGAAAGUGUGCGACCGAGUCUUUGUCACAGAGGAUGAGGAGGACAGCUCCGAACACAGCUACUGUCCAGGUGAUGGUAAGGAGGCUGCAGAGAACAAACGACCAACACUGGAUGGACCAUGUUACAUCAAUGACCCUGCUCAGAUCUGCAGUGGGUCUUUAGAGCUGGGUGAGGAGGGAUCCAGCGGGGGCAGGGGGGCGGCGGUGAUGUACCCCCCUCCUCCAAACUGCCGCAUCCGCGAGGUACACUGUGGGAGCCAGGUGCGUCUGGUCGUCAUAGCGAUCCGAGACAUCACCAAAGGAGAGGAGAUCACCGUUGACUACAGCCUGACCGAGUGGGGAGACAACACUAUGGGUUUCCGCGGUACGGUGUCUCCAGGGAGAUAUGAGUGUCUCUCCGACCCCGAGAACAACAGUAUCAAAAAGGAGGAAGAGUCCGUGCCCCCCUCUCUCUCAGCCCAGGACUACCUCACCCCUUCCUGGCCCCUUUCCCCCUCUUCCUCCCCCCUCUCCCACUCCAAUGCCAGCGACUCGGAUCCCCAGAAUGAGGGGGGCGAGGACGGGAGUCAGAGACGCACACCUCGCCGCCGCAAACGCCGCCGGACCACCACCCCCUCCAAAAAGAGGACCACCACUCACCGGACGUCCCCGGGCCGCCCCCCCCUCUCCACUUCAUACCGCCCCCUCACCUUCUCCCCCCCUCCUCCCUCCUCCUCCUCCACCUCUUCUCGUCCUUCUCUGUUCAAAUCCCCUGCUCCAUUGGGGCCCAACACGACGGCGAACAUCAGUAUUAACAUCGCCAGGGGGGUUGGCAUGGGCGUGACCCCCCAGAAGCUGAGCUGCGCUUACUGCGGGCGCCACUUCCGCUCACUGGGGCGCCACCUGGACAAGCACCACCCCAACCAGCCCGAGAUCCGCGCCGCGCUUAUCGAGCGAUUUAUGCCCCACCUGGCGGCCGCACACGCCGCACACCACGCUCAGUCCGAGCAGCAACCUCGGUCAUCAUCGGCGGCGUCAGGAGCGGAGCAAAAUUCCCACAAGCCACCACAGGGGGGCGCCGCAGCCGCCGCGCUCUCCCUGUCUCCUCAACGUCCCUCCGCCACCACCGCCCAGUCCCCUUCCUCUGCCGUCGGGAGAAACUCCUCCCCCCUGGUGUUGACUCCGCCCCGAGGACGCAGUGCCGUGGCUGUGUCCGUUCUGAAGAGAAGCCCGCCUCCGGUGGCUGUGACCCCGCCCAGAAAGGCGGGACUGCGCAAAGUGAAGAAGGAAAAAGAGGAGGAGGAAGAGGAGAACGACCUGGUGGAAGUGGCAGUGGCGAGGCCCAAAGAAGAGGCAGAGGCGGCUUGUCCCCACGUCUUUCAGCAGACGCCCAAAGAGGUGGAGCGGCUGCCUAAAGAGGAUGAAAAUGAAGGAGAGGAGGAGGAGAGCGGAAUGAUGGAAGACGACAGUGGAGCCGAGGAAAAGGAGAAGGAGUUGUUGAGUUCGGGCCGUCUCCACAUGCUGCCCCUCCUCUCCUCCCUGUCUUCCCUGGUUCUCUACCUCCGCAGGCUCCAGCACUCUGCCUUCCUCUCCCUAUCCCGCCAGCUCCAAUCCGCCGAGGCCUGGCGCCUCCUGUGCCACUCCUCCCUCGCCCUGCUCAUCCUCUACAACCGUCGCCGCGAGUGCGAGGUCUCCAAACUGGUCAUAGCCGAAUACCGCGCCCGUGUCACCCCCCAGUGCCCCGUGCCGGUGCCCCCCGGUGCCCCGCCCGCCCUCACACCCCUGGAGGCAUCGCUUUCGCCCUUUGAGCGUCUCGUGCUUCCGCAUUUGCCUCGAGUAGGUGUCCAGGGCAAACGAGGAAGAGUCCAGCCUCUUAUCCUGCCACCGCACUGCGAGCCGUGUCUGGAACUCCUCCUCCAGACCAGGCAAGAUGUCGGCGUCGAUCCCCAGAACCCGUACGUAUUCGCCCGGCCGUACCACUCUCCAGCCACCCCCCUCCGGGCACCGACCUCCUCCGGAGUCUGGCCCGCUCCAGCGGCACCCGGAACCCCCGCGCCCUCACCCAGACGCGCGUCCGGCGCCAGGUCGCCAUCUUGA